UAGCAUCUACGAAAACAUUAAGCUUUCACAGAUAAAACACCUGCGCCUUAAGAGCUUCGAGAAUCACAACAAAUUUUGACUCAAGGAAGUUUUGCAAAAUUAUUAUAAUGGCAACACCAUCUUUUUUGUUACCCGUCCGAACUCAAACACAAACCUUUAUCGAGGUCUCUUUGGUCGCUCUGCUUUUCAUAUGCGCAGUUUCAGGAAACAUCAUCGUCUGCUGUGCGGUGUACAAAAAGACAAACCUCCGUACCAUUCCCAAUGCGAUUUUCGUAAACCUUGCCGUAUCGAACUUGUUGCUGGCACUGUGCCAGCUUCCGAUGCUGAUCACUACCAUCAUCAGAGGAGAAUGGAGUUUUGGAGAGAAGCUCUGUAAUUUUUACGCUUUCCUCGACGUUGCUUUGUUUGCCGUUAGCCUUUUCAACCUCACUGCGAUCAGCGUGAAUCGGUAUUUCAAGAUAGUCAAACCUUGCAAGUAUAGAAGUGUGUUUUUCAAGACGUCUGUCAUCUUUAUGAUUGUGUUGAUCUGGUGUUUAGCGAUUUUUUUGAGCAGUGGACCGUUUUUAGGAUGGGGGAAAUAUCAGUUUAUUCCCUCCAAGGCAAUUUGCUCGAUCUCAGAAAAGGCUCACAUCUCCUUUCGUAUCACUAACUAUGUGGUGAUUUCUUGUUGCAUCCUUUUCAUCAUUGGCUGCUACAUCAAAAUCGCGCAAGUUGUUCGUCGCCAUAGAAGAAGAAUCGCGGUACCAAACAAAAGGUCCCAAGAUGAGGACCCAAAGCAGGUGCCACGUCCAGGGCCCUCCAGAGCCACAACAGAACCGCAUGUAACCGAGCUCAGAGGAGAGGAUAUCCAUAUCGCCCGCACCGUAUCGGUGAUAGUGUUCCUUUUCUGUUUGAGCUGGGUCCCAAAUGUUACCCUUAAUAUUCUCGUAUCACGUGGCGUUCCCGUGUCUCGCGAAGUACGCAUGUUCGGCGUUUACAUGAUGUUUCUCGAUCUCGUCAUUAAUCCAAUGACGUUCGGGAUAAGAAACAGAGAAAUUCGAAAAAUGAUAAAACGCUUAUUUUGCAAGAACUGA